AUGGAGGGUUCCACAGACGCCGCCGGGGAGAGAGGUCCUCAGGCGCGUGACAUUCCUGAUCAGAUGACCCAUCAAUCCCUUCCAGAGGAAGCGCAGCAGCAGCAGCAGCCGCAUGAACAGAAAAGUGUACAAGCUGCGCCAGAGAGAGGGAGUACUGGGAGUAAAGGUAAUCAAGCGCGGCAGGAGCAGGCGCAGGCGCAGCCACAGGCGCAGCCGCAGCAGCGGCAACCAGUACACGGGUCAGAAGUUUCUCGGAAUGGGCAGCAACAGCAGACGCCUGGCCCGGAAAAGCCAGUGCGGGAGCAGCAGCAGCCACAGCAGCAACCGAACGAACAACGGCAGAAACAGCAGGAGCUCGAGGAGGCUGGAAAGCAGCAGCGAGAGCCACUGAAAGAGACGCAGCCGGAGGCUGAAGGGCAGUCGCAGCAGCCGCAACGCGAACAGCAGCAACAGCAGCAAAGUGCACAGCUGCAACGGCAGCAGGCUGAAGAACAGCAGCGGCCUGAAGAGCAGCAACCUCAACAGCGGCAACGGCCUGAUUCGCAGGGACAGCAGCAACAAAAGGCUGUUUCCGAGCAGGAGCCGAAGCAGCAGCAACAGCAGCAGCAGCAGUCUGAAGACCACCAGCGGCCCGAAGAACAGCGGUCUGAACAGCAGCAGUGGUCUGAUCCGCAGGAGCAGCCUGGAGAGCACCAACAGAAAGCUGCCUCCAAGCAGGAGCCGAAGGAGCAACAGCGCGAACAAGAGCAGGGGCAGACCCAAGAGGCGCAGCAAAAGGUUCCCACUGAGCAACUCCAGCAAGGGCAACAGCAACAACCCGAGAGGUGCGAAACAGAAAAGGAGUCAGAUAAUCUACAGCGCUUACAGAACGAAAGCAAGAUGCAGGAUCAGCAGGAACAGGUUCAACAGCAGCAGCAGCAAACAAGCCAGCAGGACCAACAAAUAGCACCUGGGGCGCGUGAGGAGCAGCAGCAACCGCAGCACACGCAGGAGCAGGAGCACGAAGCCACGGAAACAGUACCAACGGAGCGACAGGUGCAGAAGCAGCAAGAAGGGCAACAGCAACAACAGUCUGAGGAGCCUCAAGACACACAGGAGCAACAACAGCAGGAGCCACAACCUAUUGUGCACUCAGAGGGAGACCCUGAGGAAGUGUCGAAGCCCCCAGCAGCGUCAGCCGCCGAAGAACAGCAGCAGAAGGAGCUGCUGGGGGGAGAUGAGCAGCCCCAAAUGGAGCAGCAGCAAGGCGAGGAACAGCAACAGCAGGAGCAGCCGCCUCAGGAGGACCAGCAAGCUGACCAAGAAGGUGGGCCGCCAGCUGUGCAGCAGGAAGUGCAACUUCAGCCAGAGGAGGAACGGCAGGGAGAACAGCGUCAGGAUGUUGGAGGUAACUCGGUAGAACCACAGCAAACCGAUCAACAACUCCAGGAAGAGGAGCAGCAGCUGCAGCAGCACGAGCAGCAACUGGAGGAGGAAGUGCAGCAGCUGGAGAAGGAGGUGGAGGAAGGCGAAAAGCAGCUGCGGGGACAACAAGAUGGUCCGGAAGAAGAGCAGCAUCCGCAACAGGAGGUGCAAGAUGAACAACUGCAGCAAGACCUGCAAAAGCUGCAGCAAGACGAUCAAAGACUGCAUGAAGGGAAACAGCCUAUGGAAGAGAAGCUUCCGGAGGAGAGUAAUGACAAGCAACAGGAUCAGUUGUUGCUGCCACAGCAGCAAGCAGCGGAAAGGUCUGCAGCGGUUGUAGAUCAAGAAUUGCAGCAAGGCCAGUCUGGCGGUGUGUCUUCAGUUCAGCAUGAUGCUGACAGCAAAGAGCAGCAACGGUACCAGCAGAAUUUGUUGCAGCGCUUGGCUUCCCGAUUGGGUCCCUCUCCGUUGAACGUUUCGUGGAGUAUUGGAGCGGUUGCAGACUUGGUGGCGCUGGAGCAGGAGGGUCUGCUCUACCUAGCACCGCGUGACUCAUCUAAUCGCAACGCUGGGGCAGCAAGAUUAGCAGUCGUACCAGAACACAGCUUAGCAAGGGUUGACUGGGCAAGAGGUGGCAACGAGAGUGCUGUAGCAACUGCAGCUCGAGAGCAUUGGCCGGCAAAGGUAGACCUGGAAGCAGGCGGCAACGAGGGUGCUGCGACAGCUGCAGCAAGUUCCGACUUGGGGCAAUUUCGGGGUUUGGUGAGGUUUCUUGCCACAGCAGACGAAGAAUUGAUGAUGCAGCAGAAACGUCAGGAGCAGCGGCAAGUUCAGCCCACACAGCAGCAACAAGAAAAGAAACAGGAAGAGCACCCAGCUGAAAAAUCAUCUGUGGAUGCGGCAGGAACACGAACGUACAUACAAACGUUGCUGCUGACUCUGCUGCGGUUGCAGCGGCAGCAGCACUGUUUACGGGAGCAGCAGAAGCAGCAUGAGCAGCACGAGCAGCAGCGAAAUAACAGUGGCAUUAGGACAUUGUGGCUUGUUGUUGAGUUGCCCAUUGCAGCUGUCAACAGCGCAGAGAGACACCAACGCCGCUGUGCGCUUCGGUGUCUCCGUAGGCAGCAGCUGGAAGCCGUUGAGAGACAAGAGCGCCGCCUAGGCCUCUCAAACGUAGAGACACAACCAGUUGUGCUGCAGCAACAAACGCAGUUGGAAGAACUAGUGAAUCAGCAGCAACAAGUGCAGGAGGAAGAACAAAAUAAUAUUGCAGAUAUGAGACAGUCACCAAUACGCGUAACUGUCUCUGCUGUUGCAGGAAUUGGGGAUGUUGCACCUGUUCCUGAGUUACACGCAUCCAAGUCCUCCCCACCAAGCCCAACAGAACCCUAUGGAAAGAAGUUUUCUUUUUGGGGCUCCUUUCGUCGCAAGGCGUCUAGCAAAGGCAGUUUGCGGGGAUCGGCAUUGGCAUCUGGGGUUGGGGGAAUAGCAGCCGGAGCUGGUGUGGGUGCUGACGGGGCGCAGCGGGCGUUGCAGGGGGCGAAGCGUCUUCUGAGCAAAGCCAGUAAGGCUUUAAGCCUCCCUGUCUCUUCCCUUAGUCAAUCCACGACAUCGCAGAGGGGUACAACUCAAAAGGAGCAUUUGGUAGGGGAGGGCUCGUUGCAACAAAACGAUUUGCAAGGGGCUGCUGUUGGCAGUGAGGCAGUCGCACCGAAUGAAGCAGGAGGAGAAGCAGGAGUGCCGAAGAGCGCAGCAGCAGAGAGCACACCAACGGGGAACGCUGCAGCAGAGGGAGAAGAAAUGGGGGCAGCAGCCGGUCGUGCUGAGGAAGAACAGCACCACGACCAUAAGCUUGUGUCUGACUCUGAGGGUGUUGCAGCGUCUCUUGUCCCUGCACAGCUUCCGAAGAAGGUAUCAGGGAACCUGCCGCUACUGCGUAACCUUGCUGCUCUUCUGCAGCUCAGCGAGCAAAGCAGUCUUCUAGGGUUGGAAGCUGCUGGGGACAUCCGCACUGAAGAAAUGUGGGAGGCCGUUUGUGUCACUGCUCGGCAGCAUCUUGCGCAGAUCCUUGCUUUGGUCCCCCACAAGAGCGCACCGUCGCCAGAAGCAGUCGGGGUAACAAUUGCAGCAACUACAGAACCGAAGGCAUCAGGCGAUCAGCCGCGUAGUCCAUGGUUUCGCGAGGGUGCUUCAGCUUCGCUAGAUAAAGAAAUGCAACAUGAGAAUUCACGUGCCGCCAAAAUGCAGCUGCAAGUCCGGAAGCGUUUGUUGCUGCUGAGGCAGAGCCCUGAUGAGGUUGGCGCUCCACUGCUGCCGCCUCGCGUCGAUCAACCUUUUGGCGAUGAAGCGAAUGAAAGCGAGGGGUUCUGUGAAAUAGAUGAACAGUCUAGUCCUUCACGGGGUUCUUCUGCAGGAGCAGCACUCACGGGGAGCACUUCUGCAGCAGCGGCACUAGUACAUGCGGAAGAAGUGGAGGCUAUGCUGCUUGCAGCGUUCGCCCUGCUUGAAGUCCUCAUUAGAAGUCAGCAGACGCUGCAGUAUUUAUGUUUAGGUGCCCCUGUCCUUGAGUUGCUAGCUCAGGCCCCUGAUCUGCUCCUUACGGACUGGGGGAGCAGCCAAGUGGCCAAGGUGCAGCGUCGUAUCCUGGGGCUUCUUGCCGACUCUUCGUGUAUUUGUCCCCUACAAGAAGGCAUACCGCAGCAGCCGCGGGAGCAGGAGCAGCAGCAAGAACAGCAGCAAGAGCAGCAUUUGCUGCACUUGCACUGUCUGGAGGUGCUGGUUUUGAAUAGGCCGCUCAUCGGAUCUGCGUUUUCGCGUAUGCUUACAGCAAGCGUGGGUAAUAACUUAAGUGGCUUCAGCACUUGCAGCAGCUGCAGAAGCAGAAGUUCUGAGAGCAGCCAUGGUUCCCUGGUAGAGAGCCAUGGUGAAUCUGCUGAUGCAGAGCCCUGGCCCUGGCAAGAAGUGGACAAAGGGGAGCAUUGGAGAAAUCAGGGUACUGUCUCUGCAGAGGAGGGCAUUCAUCAGACACCCCAGGAGACCGAGGCCCUUCAGUGGGAGUGGCAUUACAAGUUAGCAAAGGGAAAUAUCUUUGAGAUUUUUGACGAUACCCCGGUCCAUUCCCUCGAGAACAGGCCCACACUAGACAAUACACUCUCGCUCAUGCAGCAGAGGCAGCAGCAGACAGAGCAGCUGGGGUUGACAAGUGCAGACAGGAACGCCGCUACAGCAGGAAUCAGAGGAGGCGCUCUUCGUUGCUUUGCUGCAGCAGUUGCAGCCCGCCCAACGACCUUAGCGGCAUUUGUUUGUCAGCCAGAUGAGCUGAAGCAGUUCGUAGACAUCAUUGGUCGUCUUGCGGUUCCCAUGAACAACCAGGAGCAGCAGCAUCAACACCAGCAGCAGCCCGUGCAGAGCCGUGCUCUCAGGUCUCUGUAUGUUUGCAACGCUAUUGAAGGCCACGUGUACGGCCUCCACACUCACACUGGAGCAGCAGUGGACACGGCGUCUGAGGAAGCAAAGACACACGAUAGAAAGCGUGAGGUGAAAGAAGCAGCACCAGGAGUGGAGGAGAGAGGAGAGGAAGCCACAGCGUUACCAGGGGCAGAGAAAGCUGAGGCCCGCUACUUGUCCCUGGCAAGCCGCAGUUGCAGGGAUCAAUUGUUCCAGACUGAAGUUAAAGUAUUGCCCUACGUCAGACGCAUGCACCUCAAGCGCUGCAGCAUGCUGCUGCCUUUGUUAGUUUGCCCGUCGGUGCAGCAGUUGCUGCUGCAGCAAACGACAGCGAAUAUUAAGUCUCUGUUGGUCUUUCUGGAGUGCUGUAGCGGUACCAUUCGCCAGCUGUAUAUACAUCGAAUCAAGGGACAAGCAGCAGUUCCUGUGCGCUCCCAUUCAGGGUCACUUCAUGAUGCCCUUCCCCCUGUGGUGCCUUCCCAGGUUGGCGAUUUUCCUGAAGUGCCAGCGGGCGUUGCUGCUGCUGAAGCCCCUGGUACUGAGGCCGCUACUGCCGCAAAUGGUGUAGAUGGAGCAGACCCCGCCGACGUUGGUGCAGCAACUGCUUGCGCGCGGGAAAAGGAACCCUUCGGUUUCCGAGAGAGGUCUGGUUCGAGGCCUUUGCUUUCGCUGCCACAGCUCCAUCAGUACGGGGGCACUGUGCGUCUUUUCUGCCAGCGUGCAAGAGGCCUGUUUUUGCCUUCGCUAAGGAAGUUGUAUCUCACUGACGCACACAGCGGGCUCCAGAAAUGCCUGAAGGGGCAGCAGCAGCAUCGACGCGGCGACGCUACAGAAAAAGAAUCGUUAGCAGGGACCGAUCUGAAGAUGCAGAGCCCCAGAACGGGCGGUAUAAGGGGCCGCAGCUAUAGAGGAGUGGAUGGAGGUUUACUACAACGCUUCUUAAAGUCUCACGUACCUCAGUUGGAAGUUCUAAGUGUGGAUGGACCAGUACCACUACCUUUUCAUGCUGGGGCUACUGCGCCUGUCGUCUGCCAUUUGCAACAUCUAGCCAUUGGGCAAUUACGUCGCUAUGAGGGAUUCGAGAAGGUGGCGGGAGGUGUGACGGAGAAGCACCGGGGAAGUCAUGAGCAAUCAGUGGGCGGCACGGGUAUGUGCCCACGCGAUUCCCACAGCGAAGAAGGCAGUGAGAACAGAAGCGCCAGCGACACAGAGGAAGAGCCAUCAACUGCGGGGCCGCCUAUCAGUACGUCGCUCUCUUUUCCAUUCACAGUUUCCGAUAUAGGAAGCAGAGAGAUGUUGCCGGAUCUAUUGUGCUUGGCAGUUGCGGGGAGAGUCACUGUUGAGGCCCUGAUGCGCCUGACAACAGGAGGCGAAGGCUCACCUGUGGCGAGAGGAAGCGCGCUUGCUGGAGCGGGCGGUUCUCCUUUGUUGUUUCUUUUUCUUGGUGCCAUUGUCUCCUCUGUGGAGGAGAAGGAUUCGGAGAAUUCUCACGCGGGAAGUCGAGAGGUAGCUCAGUCACCAAGUCCAAAGGUAGCAUCACCAGCAGCAGGUACCAGUGAGGUAUGCGGUGUUAGCUCGAGGACUGUUGAACAACUACUGCAGAGGUGCCCUUCCUUGAGAGUCUUCGGGCUGCAGCAGCUGCCUCCGGGAGUGCACUUACAGGUGCUAGAAACGCGCCUGAAGCGAAGCGGCUUUGUGAGGGUUGAUAAACAGCUUGCCGCCUCAAUGAUAUUGUACGAGCCAUCGCCGUAUGCAGGCACGUCAAAGAUUUGCCAGCCAGCUUUCCCAAAAACUCCACGUUCCGAGCAGUUUGUAGAGGAUGAGGGAACUGGCGAUGUACAUAACCACACUGGGGACACUCAGAUAGCCCCAAGCCUUCGUUCAAAGCAUCCGCAGGGGCAACCAGAGGAGAAGCAGCAACGAAACUGCGAGUUGAAUGCAGCCGAAGGUUCGUUGGGUGUUGUGGAGGGGCCACUUGGUACACCAGCUACCGAGGCUGGCGCUUCCGGGGCCAACGGCUUGCAGGGUGAUGCAGCCGAUAAUGAGCAGCUCCCAAAAGAGGCACUGCAGGAUGAGACAACAGGUGCUGCUACUGCAGGAGACAUGACACCUGCUGCGGCACGUGCUGUGGCUACUGCUAGUGGCGAGCAACCAAUUCGCGAUGUUACCAAUUCGGUUCCUGCUGCUGCGCAUGUUCAUGCCUUUCCUCCAAAUAGCAAUAAAGUCGCUGCAGCUACUCCUCGAAUCGUUCACAGUAGUUGUGGCGUAUCUGAGGAGGCUGCUGAGAAGGCAUGCCUUCCAGAGUUGCGGGCUCUUGAAGCUGCUGCUGCUUGUUUGUUGAGUCCUGAAAUAGUAGAACUAAAAAGCCCCCACUUUGAGACAAUCAGGGAAAAGCUGCAGCAGGAUGCUGUGGAUUCUGCGACUUCUUCUUUGCCAUGCCAGGGGGCUCCAGCAGAGCUUCACAGGAAGCCCAGCUGCAGUAGUGCAGCGGGGAGACCUCAAACAGCAAGGAACCAACAACAGCAACGCCAACAGAAGGAAAUCAAGAAGGCAGUAGACAAGGCCGUGGCAAGGAUGCUGCGGCAUUGGAAACAUGUUUUCGUGAGAUUUUCGCCAGAGGGCCUUCGAGCCAUCGGAAAUCAGUGA